GCGGGGACAGAGCCCACGUGUCUCCCCGGUCCGGAGCCGGUGGUUCCCGGGUUCCGGCGCGAUGCCCAAGGCCCGGCGGGCGCGGGGCUCCGGCGCGGCCCCGGCGCUGCCCUUGGCCGAGCAGAUCCUGCAGGACGCGGCUCCGCGGGUGCGGGCGAAGCGCGGGGCCCCGGAGGAGCAGGACGGGGAUGGCGGCGGGGACGGGUUCGUGGACGCGCGGCUGUCCCGGCGCAUCCUGGAGCAGGCGCGGCGGCAGCAGGAGGAGCUGGAGGCCGAGCACGGCCCCGGAGCGCCCGCAGCCCCCCGGCAGCGCAGCGCUGUUCUCGGUCCCGGCUCGGACUCGGAGGAUGAUGAGGAAUGGCCCUCGCUGGAGAAGGCGGCGGCGGCGGCGGCCGCGGGACGGGGCGGGGAUUACGGCGGGGAGGUGGAGGUGGACCCCGAGGACGAGAAAGCCAUCGAGAUGUUCAUGAACAAGAACCCGCCGCUGAGGCGCACCCUGGCCGAUAUCAUUAUGGAGAAGAUCACGGAGAAGCAGACGGAGGUGGAGACGGCGCUGUCGGAGCUCUCAGGCUGCCCCAUGCCCCAGCUCGACCCCCGUGUCCUGGAGGUCUACAGGGGUGUCAGGGAGGUGCUGUCCAAGUACAGGAGUGGGAAGCUCCCCAAGGCGUUUAAAAUCAUUCCUGCCUUGUCCAACUGGGAGCAGAUCCUCUACAUCACUGAGCCGGAGACGUGGACAGCUGCUGCCAUGUACCAGGCCACCAGGAUAUUUUCCUCCAACCUGAAGGAGAGGAUGGCCCAGCGGUUCUACAACCUGGUGCUGCUGCCGCGGAUCCGGGAUGACAUCGCCGAGUACAAGCGGCUCAACUUCCACCUGUACAUGGCUCUGAAGAAGGCUCUGUUCAAGCCAGCAGCCUGGUUCAAGGGGAUCCUCAUCCCGCUGUGUGAGUCCGGCACCUGCACGCUCAGGGAGGCCAUCAUCAUCGGCAGCAUCCUCAGCAAGUGCUCCAUCCCCGUCCUGCACUCCAGGUGAGGCCCUGAGAGGCUGGGGGGGAGCAGCUUCUCCUCCAGGGAC